AUGCUGAAUAACAAUUCCGGAAUUAACGGUAACAAUGAUGAUGUGACAGCAAUGGAUACCUGGGAGGAUCGAAGGAUAUCGAUAACACUUCAGUACGGCUCACUGAAGGAAGUAUUAGUCCUUGAGCGAUCCGAUAAUCCGCAGCAAUUUGAACUGCUCUGUGAACGUGCCAGACAAAUAGCUGAAAAGCAUUACGACGGUAAAUUAGCGAACGGUUGUGAACUACACUUAUUCAGACAUGAUUAUAACUCGCCAAAUAUGCUGCAGCAUUUGGCUUCUGUUACCCAGCUGGAUAAUGGUUGUAUCGUGGAGAUAAUUUUGAUAGAUCGUAACGAACGACCAACACGUCCUCACGUGCUCGCUGUUACGUCAUAUAUGACUCCGACAUUUUGUGAUUAUUGUGGUGAGAUUCUGGUUGGCUUAAUCAAGCAGGGUUUGCAGUGCGCCAAAUGCCGAUGUAAUUUUCAUAAAAAAUGUGCAUUUGCGCCAAGGAAUAAUUGUGCCAAAAAUAGCCUAACUACGAUUCUUCCAAGUACUGCUUCUACAGAUGAUCUUCGAUGCCAGCAAGAUGCCGCAUUUGCCUUGCCGCACACAUUGGCUGUACAUAAUUACAAGACGCUCACUAUUUGCAAAGUGUGUGACAAAAUGUUAAUUGGUCUAAUGAAACAAGGACUGCGUUGCCGUGAUUGCAAGGUUAACGUCCAUAGGAAGUGCGCUUCACUGUUACCUAUGAAUUGUCAGAUAGCAGACGGUGCUAUAACACCUUCGUUCGAUCAGCUAAGUGUUGACGAUGAUACGUCGUUGCUUUCGACUGCGUAUGAUGAAGCUGCGGCACAGGAAGAGACCGAUUCGAUGAUACCGCUUGCUCGGUUGCCAGGACAAGCAUCAACACGAGUUACAAAUCGACAACCAACAGUGGAAGGAUGGAUGAUCCAUUUCAUGCUUGAUCAACCUGAACGACGUCUUAGACACUACUGGAUUCUUUCCGGUGGUGCCAUUAAUAUGUACAAUGAAUAUAAUGAAGGUGUAAAUCCACAUCGCAUUUAUCGAACUAUUCCACUUGGUGGCAUAAUGGUUUUGACGCCGUAUAAUGGACCGCCUUUGCAUUCAAGUUUUCCGGCUCACUGUUUUGAAAUCCGGACAACAUCGCAUAUGGUGUACUGCGUAGGUGAAAAUUUAGAUGUGUACAGUGCUCCUCCUUCAAAAGUUCCACGUCACGCAAGUGGGAAAAGUAAUUCAAAUGCGCAAAUGUGGUUUCAGGCUUUGCAACAAGCAUUGCGACCGCCACCAUCUAGAAACGACUCGUCAAGCACAGAACCAGCAUUACAAUUCACCGAGUUGUAUCAGAUUUUGGGAGAUAAAACACUUGGAUCCGGACAGUUUGGUACCGUUUAUGCAGGCGUUCAUCGACAAAGUGGACGUGAAGUUGCUGUAAAGGUAAUAGCAAAGGAUCGCUUUUCAAAGAAGUCACCGGCGGGAGUGGACACAUUGCGAAGUGAGGUAGCAAUUCUGCAAUCGAUUAGUCAUUGCGGUAUUAUCAAGCUGGAAUCAAUGUUCGAAACAAAGGAUAAAAUUUUUGUGGUAAUGGAGAAAAUGAAUGGUGACAUGCUGGAAAUGAUUUUAAGUCAGGCUGCGGGUCGCCUGGACGAACGAGUUACCAAAUUUUUGAUAAUACAAAUUUUGUGCGCCCUUCGAUAUUUGCAUUCAAAGGGAAUCGCACAUUGCGAUCUCAAACCGGAAAAUGUCCUACUAUCUGAUCUCGUCAAUGUUUUCCCUCAAACAAAACUAUGCGAUUUUGGCUAUGCUCGAUUUAUCGGUGAUGCUCAAUUCAGGAAAACGAUUGUUGGUACUCCGGCCUAUUUAGCUCCGGAAGUUCUUCAAAAGCGAGGUUACAAUAAAUCGCUCGAUAUGUGGUCUGUUGGUGUGAUAAUUUACGUGACGUUAAGUGGUACAUUUCCGUUUAAUGAUGGCGAAGAAAUUGCUGAGCAAAUACAAAAUGCUGCCUUCAUGUUUCCGGCUGAGCCGUGGCAACAGAUAUCACGUGAAGCUAUUGACCUGAUUCAGAGAUUACUUAAAGUGAAGAUUGAGGAGCGUUUGUCGAUUGAUGAAUGCAUGAAACAUGAAUGGCUGGGUGGAGCGCAAGUUUACAUGGACUUAAGACGAUUGGAGUUGCAGUUGGGCGGAGAACGGUACCUGACAAAUGCGGAAGAUGACGUCCGUUAUGCUCACUUUUUGGCAAGUGAAGAGCUUAUCACUCAGCAGAUUCCGCCGCUGAUCUGA